CUCAAUUUUGAUACAGAUCAAAUCAUUUUCAUUAUGUGGCACCUUAGAACAUUUUAAUAUAUUAUUUAUGAACCAUAGAUUGAGUUUGCACAUUUAGUAGCAUUGUAUAAAUUAGAAGAAUUUUGAUAAUUUUUCGGACGGUGAUAUUUUCAUAUGUAUGAGAAAACUAUACAAUUUAGCAAGGGCCACCUUCUAGACUCUUCGCAGCUAUUCACAUUUCACGGUUCUAUAUUCCGUCACAUCGCCGAUGGCCAGAACAACCAUUGUCCGAUUGCUCACCGUCUCUACACCUCUUCGCCGACUUCUUCCCCCCUAUGCCCUUCCUUUCCACCACUCUUUUCCAUCCCAAAUCCCCAAAGCAUUUUCUUCUUUUUCACUUUCCACAAUCAGCUCACUACUAAGCAGACCUUUUUCAACCACCACUACUACCCAAGAAACACCCAUUUCAAAUAAUUCAACUUCAGCUCCUCCGAAGCGAAGCACUUUAGUUAAUUUCUCUUUAUCUGAUUCAGAAGACUCCGACACUGAGGCGGAAGAGGUAGCAAAAACAACGACUAAACAGAUUGAUAAAUCUAAAUUACCACCACCAUACGACCCAUUUAACAAGAAACCAGUAAUCGAGGAACCCGAAGAUCCAACUAACUUACAAGAAGUGUUUCAGAAGAUGCGUUCAGAUGGGCUAAACAACAGUGCAGUUAAGAUGUUCGACGGAUUGUCUAAGGACGGGUUGACCCACGAGGCGUUGGAGCUAUUCUCUCAGAUUAAGGACAGGAACCAAAUGCCAGAUGUUGUGGCUCAUACAGCGGUGAUCGAGGCGUACGCUAAUGCAGGACAGACCAAGGAGGCUCAUAAGGUGUACCUGCGGAUGCUGUCAUCUGGGGUGCUGCCGAAUGCUUAUACAUACAGCGUGAUGAUCAAAUCUUUGGCGGAGAGCGGAGAAGAGAAGUUUGUGAAAGAAGCGAAGAAGUACGUGUUGGAGAUGGUGGAGAAAAGGGGAAUGAAGCCGAAUGCAGCUACGUGUUUGGGUUGUUUCGAAGGAUUGGUGAAGGCGGGGAUGGAGGAAGAAGGGAAAGAGUUAUUGGAGAUAGUGAAGAGCAAAGGCGCCGUGCCGGAAGAGAGCAAGAUGAGAGAGGUGUUGAAGAGUAAAAGAGGAUUAGUUUAUAGGACCAUAAUGCAGGUUUUCUACGGCAAAUAAAAGAUGAUUGUUUUUGCCGAACAUAUCGGAUCCAAUCACGAUCUUAUAUAUAAAACGAUUGCCUUUGAGUUCCAAACUCCAUAUGGUGAAGUAGCCUUGUUGUUUGCGAGGUCUUGAUCAUUUACAUGGACACAUUUUUCAUUCGGUAGGGUCACUUUUUGGUUAACUUUGUUCCGUAGAUUGUAUUAGUAGGGAAGUUCUUGGUAUUUGUCAUAUGGAAACAGCUUAUUACAAGCGAUGAACUUUUGUGUUUGCGGAAAUCUUGAUUUUCUAGUU